AGUAGCUGAAGAGCAUGACUAACUUUAUUCAAACAUUAAGACUGUUCCAAAACAGUUGCCAGUAAGCAUUCGACUCACUCAUGUCCUUUGUCUUGAAAUACAGCUCCUCAGGUGUUCAGACAUAAAUAGUUAUUUGUUUAUUUGCUUUGUCAGCAAACCAAUGGGGGUGUUCAUCUUUUAAAAAAAUAUGCCUGCGCCUUGCAGGAUUCAGUAGCUGUGAAAGUCCUUACAGACUUAAUUAUUUUUCUUCAAUUAUCUCCAUACGGUAUCUCACAAUCUGGUCUCUGUUUCCCUGACAACUGACCUCAGUUCCCUGGAGACCCAUACAAGAGGCUAUAGUUUGCAAUUGUUGCCAAAAUAUGAUGAAAGGAGUCUCAUUUAAAAAUCCUGAUGUCAAGCCCUUUUCUCGAGAUCAUGUUACAUGGAUGUUGAUAGACCAACUUCAGACCAAAACAAGGUGCAGUCUCAACAAGUUGCUGGCAAGUUACCAGUGUUUGAAUUUCUAUUCCAAACUUUCUCCUGGCAUUGUGAGAGACUACGAUCUCCUCCAAUGUGUUUGAGUAGAAAGUCUGCUGAAGGGUGAAGUAUAAAUUCUCCAGAGCUCCAGUCAAAGGCUUUGUGAUGGCAGCUGUCUAUGGUCUUGGAUGUGUCGUGAGUCAUGUUGACUUUCACUACGAGAAGAACAACCAAGAGCACAGGACCGCGGAGAUCAGUACCAAACGACUGAUAAUCCGGCGAGGCCAGUCUUUCCACAUCACGAUCCAUUUUUAAUAAAAAUCAGUAUGAUCCAGAGAGUGACAGAAUUCAAACUUGUUGCUCAGACAGGUCCAGAACCUUCAGAGACCUCUGGAACUAAGGUACUGUUUCCACUGACAGACUCCAUAAAUGAAAAGCGAUGGAGUGCAGUCACUGAAUCCUUCUCCAGAGGGAAAUUGUCUCUGGAAGUAUCUUCGUCGCCGAAUGCUAAGAUUGGUCAUCACAUCUUAAUUCUGCAGAAGCUAUCUUCAAGCCAGACUGAGAGCUAUCAGCUAGGGGAGUUUAUAUUGCUUUUCAACCCAUGGUGCUCAGAGGAUGAAGUCUUUCUGAAAGAUGAUGAACAGCUAAAGGAGUAUGUGCUGAAUGAGCACGGAAUUAUCUUUACCGGCUGCGCUGAUUAUAUCCAAAGCCUGCCUUGGAACUAUGGACAGUUUGAAGAGGAUAUAUUGGAUAUCUGUCUUAAGUUAUUAGACAACAGUCCCAAACAUCUUAAAAAUCCAGCGAAGGACUGUAUGCGUAGAUCUUCUCCUGUUUACAUAUGUAGGACUGUGUCCGCUAUGGUGAAUUGUAAUGAUGACAAUGGAAUACUUUUCGGCAAAUGGGAUGAUCCUUAUACCGAUGGAGUAUAUCCAGGAAAAUGGAACGGAAGUGUUGCUAUCCUCCGUCAGUGGAACAACAAUGGCUGUCAGCCAGUUUGCUAUGGACAGUGUUGGGUGUUUGCAGCUGUGGCUUGCACAGUUUUGAGGUGCUUAGGAAUUCCUACCCGUGUUGUUACAAACUUUGAGUCUGCUCAUGACACCAAUGGGAAUUUAACAAUUGAUACUGAGUACGAUGAUGAAGGGAUGGAUCUGGGAAGAUCAGAAGAUAGCAUAUGGAAUUUCCAUGUCUGGAUAGAAUCUUGGAUGGCACGGUAUGAUCUGAGGCCUGGCAAUGAUGGAUGGCAGGCGCUUGACCCAACACCACAAGAGAAAAGUGAAGGAGUCUACUGCUGUGGCCCAGCCCCAGUCAAAGCGAUUAAAGAGGGGGAGAUAGAUAUAUCCUAUGAUGUUCCCUUUAUAUUUGCUGAAGUCAAUGCAGAUUGUGUGACUUGGAUCUGUUCUGAUAAGGGAAAAAGGAUGAAAGUUGACUCUGACACCAAACAUGUUGGUCAAAAGAUCAGCACCAAGUGUGUUGGCAGUGAUGAACGUGAAGAUAUCACAAACAAUUAUAAGUAUCCAGAAGGCUCUAAUACAGAAAGAAAUAUUUUUAAAUUGGCUGACAAAAGAAGAAUCCCUCAGAAGCCAGAGAAACAACUUGACUUGUAUUUGAAGGCUGAUGGUCCAAACUACAAUGGAGCCAAUGUUAAAGUAUCUGCCGUCAUUUCCAACAAGAAUUCAAUGACAAGGGUUUACACAUUCAAAUUAAGUGCUUUCAAAAAGAAAUACAGUAGGUACUCCAAAGGGAAAUGUAUAAAGAAGUAUCACGAGGAGAUCACUGUUCACUCCAAUGAAGAUAAAAUAGUGGAAGUGGAACUGACUUACGCAGAGUAUGGGGAGUUCCUUGACAAGUAUAAUCUAAUCAGGCUGACAGCUCUUGCAAUUGAUGCAGAAACAAAAGAGAGUGCAUUCACACUGAAGGAUAUCUCCUUGAUCAAUCCUAAUAUUACAAUGCAGGUAUUAGGAGUACCUGUGGUGUCCCAAAAGCUGACCAUAGGAAUCAGUUUUGAGAACCUUUUACCUGUGGCACUGAACAACUGUGUCUUCACACUUGAGGGAGCAGGUCUAAUUGACAGUCAGUUGGAAAUCAGGCUUGGGCAGUUAAAUCCUGGAGAAGCGAUUAGAAAGGAGGUUUCAUUCAUUCCCAACAAAGUGGGGCUGAAGAAAUUAACUGUUGAUUUUGACAGUGACAAACUGAAGGAUGUGAAAGGAUAUCUAAAUAUUGAAAUUCAAGAUGCAAUAUGUUCUUAAAAGCUCCUGGAUAUUUCACAUAACAUGUAAUAUGAAUUUGUUCAUGCAUGUUUUUAGAAUUUUAGAUAUCCAUAGUUUUUUUUAUAGAAAUUUGAGACAUAUUGCUUUUAGCUGGCACAUUUGAGUUUUCCAUUUUUUUUACAAGUAUAUUCUCAACAUUAUUAUUUGUGUGAAUUGUAUGCUGUAUGCCUCUCUGCAUGAAAAAUUACUCAUUCUGGAUUGUCUUACUUGUGUGAAAUUGUGUUUAUUCUAGUAAUUAAAAAAGACACCAAUAUGAUAUGUGGCAAAAACAUCUGGAAAUUGUUCAACAGAUUAAAAAUCUUGAGUCUUUAAAAUUUGAAAGUUCUUUCAUUGAAAAUCCAGUUUCCUUGACUUGGCAUUGAAGAGAGGAAGUAAUUUCUCUCUUUGCAUUUAGAUGUAAAAUGUUUGUUGGUCAGUUACUGAGAAUUGGUUGUACAUCGAUGUACAGUUACUGAGCUAAUACCCAUUCAUGGUGAUCGCACAGCCUAAAUGUUGACUGCAUUUUUCAAAGUCUAAGAGGGUAUUGUAGUGAGGCUGAUUGCAUUGGUGACAAUGUGGUGUUUUCUGCUGCCUAUUUUCUCUUAUUUUCUAAAAGUAGACAAUCAGUUACAAGGAAAAUGUGGGUAGAGAAAGGAAGUUGGCCCAACUGAUAUGUUUUGUGCUGAUUUUGUAAAGAAGUAAUUUUUACAGAACUCAUUUUGAGCAGAAUUUUUUGAUUGCCUAAUAGCUCAAUUGCCUUUUGAUUUGGAAAUUUUAAUCUAUCAAUCUGGAGUUUGUCAAUUCAUCUGUUACCACUGCCCAAACCUUGCUCCUUCCUCAGUGACAUUAACCAUGGACAACUUCUUUCCAGCUGACUUGCAGGUCAACUGCUCAUCACACAGACAUCUACAGUAUUUUUUUUAUUGUUGAAUUGUAACAUCCCAUUAUAUAAAUACAAAAAUUUUCAAUGUUUACAUUUCUUUCAUUGCGACCAAAGUACAACAUACAGUGAAAUUAAUUGCAGCACUACUUUCAUUUUUACCCAAUUUUUCAAGAAAUUAUGAAAUAUGCUUAUGGUGAAUUUUAAUGUAGAAGGGAAAUGUACUGGGGUUUUGAUUACUGCUUAUAUUAAUUAUGGGUUUUCUGGCUGACAUUCCUUUGAAUGAUUGAAAUAAACCA